AUUUGGUAUACUGUAGCCAUCUGAUUUUAAGAAUACGUUCCAGUCUUAUUUUUCAUAACCUCGAAAUAAUUAACAACUACAUAUUAAAGCCUGGUUUUGAAAUAUCUAAGAGAUGGAUGAGGUAGAGAAGUUAGAGCACCUGUCGCUGGUGUCCAAAGUUUGCACAGAAUUGGAAAAUCAUUUAGGAAUUAAUGAUAAAGAUUUAGCUGAAUUUAUUAUACACCUUGCAAACAAGAAUACAACCCAAGAUGCUUUUAAAAAAGUCUUAUUGGAAAAUGGGGCUGAAUUCUCAGAUUCCUUCAUUGCAAAUUUGCUGAGAAUUAUUCAGCAUAUGAAACCAUCCAGAAGCAGCAGUAGCUAUGACACAGGCAAAGAAAAGCCAAAUGAUGAAUUAUCAGUGAAGUUUCCUGGCCUAGCCUUACCUAAUGAAACACAAAAAUCUAUUUUUGAGAAACAUGGUGUACCUUGUACAGAAGAUAAAGAAGUGGUUGAUGACUUAAUGGCUCAAUUUGAAGCAAAUGCACCAAGUGGUCACACUGCAGAGACACCAAGCAGGGAGAAGAGGAGGAGAAGUAGGUCAAAGUCCAAGGAAAAGAGGAGGAGGAGAUCCCCAGAUAGAUCUAAACAUCGAUCAUCUAGAAGAUCCACUUCCAGAUCAAGAAGAUCUAGAUCCAGGUCAAGGAACAGAAGGAGAUCAAGGUCUAGAUCUAGGUCUAGGAAUAGGAGACAUGAAAGAAGUGAAAGAAGGAGGUCUCCAGAGAAGAGAAGGAGGUCCCGUUCAAAGGUUAGGCAGCAGAGGCAUGAAAGCCCAGAGCUAGAGGAUGAUCCUGUUGUAGGAAAGGUUUACAAUGGAAAGGUUGCAAAUACUGUACCAUUUGGUUGCUUUGUUCAACUGGAAGGUUUGAGGAAGAGGUGGGAAGGUUUGGUGCAUAUUUCACAACUUAGAGCCGAAGGCAGAGUGACAAAUGUUACUGAAGUAGUUUCAAGAGGAAAUCGAGUGAAAGUAAAGGUGCUUUCAAUUACCGGUCAAAAGGUGUCUUUAUCCAUGAAAGACGUUUGUCAAACAACCGGAAUUGACCUAAAUCCUACUAUUACCUCUAUCCGCGAUCAGGAGUUUAAAGACAGAAAUCCCGACAGGCCCAUGAAUAAUAGCACAUCAGUUCUUCGGCUACCAAUGAAUACCGAAGAAAAUGAGGAGGAUUCCAGGAAACGGGUGACACGUAUCUCUAGUCCAGAGAGAUGGGAAAUUAAGCAGAUGAUAUCGUCAGGCUGUAUAGAUAAAAGCGAGUUACCAGAUUUCGACGAAGACACUGGGUUACUGCCCAAAGAAGAGGAUGGCGGCGAGGCCGAUAUAGAAAUUGAGCUUGUGGAGGAUGAACCUCCAUUCUUAAACGGCCAUGGUCGAGCUAUGCAUGAUUUGAGCCCGGUGAGAAUCGUGAAAAAUCCAGAUGGAAGUUUAGCUCAAGCUGCUAUGAUGCAAUCCGCCUUGGCGAAGGAGAGGAGAGAGCAGAAAAUGAUACAAAGAGAGCAAGAAGUGGAUUCUCAGCCCAGUGGAAAGGGAAAAAACUGGAUUGAUCCAUUACCGGAAGAUGAUAAUAAAGCGUCAAUUUCUAACAUCAGAGGGAUUGGGUUGCAAUCGCAAGAUUUACCGGAGUGGAAAAAACACGUUAUUGGUGGCAAGAAGACUUCGUUUGGAAAGAAGACAAAUUUGACUAUAUUGGAGCAGAGACAAUCUCUUCCGAUUUAUAAAUUACGAGAGGAAUUGAUUAAGGCGGUAACUGAUAAUCAAAUUUUAAUUGUAAUUGGAGAAACUGGUUCCGGGAAGACUACACAGAUCACGCAGUAUUUGGCUGAAGCCGGGUUAACGACGAGGGGAAAGAUUGGGUGCACGCAACCUAGGCGUGUAGCUGCAAUGUCCGUGGCUAAGCGUGUUGCUGAAGAAUUUGGUUGUCGUCUUGGACAGGAGGUCGGAUAUACGAUUCGUUUCGAGGACUGCACGAGUCCUGAAACUAUCAUCAAAUACAUGACGGACGGUAUGUUACUGCGAGAAUGUCUCAUGGACUUAGAUUUGAAGAAUUACUCGUUGAUCAUGUUGGAUGAGGCUCACGAACGUACCAUCCACACGGACGUAUUGUUCGGACUUCUCAAGCAAGCCGUCACCAAACGUCCCGAAUUAAAGUUGAUAGUAACAUCUGCAACACUGGAUGCUGUCAAGUUUUCGCAAUACUUCUUCGAAGCUCCAAUUUUCACCAUCCCCGGUCGUACUUUCCCUGUGGAAGUUCUGUACACCAAAGAACCGGAAACUGACUAUUUGGAUGCCAGUUUAAUAACAGUAAUGCAAAUACAUUUGCGUGAACCUCCUGGGGAUGUCUUGCUCUUCUUGACAGGUCAGGAGGAGAUUGACACGGCCUGUGAAAUAUUAUACGAGAGGAUGAAGUCACUUGGACCCGAUGUACCGGAAUUGAUUAUACUGCCGGUGUAUUCCGCUUUACCAUCUGAUAUGCAGACAAGAAUUUUCGAUCCUGCACCUCCGGGAAGUCGUAAAGUUGUAAUCGCAACGAAUAUUGCUGAAACCUCUCUUACUAUCGACGGUAUUUUCUACGUUGUGGAUCCUGGAUUUGUCAAACAGAAAGUGUACAACUCAAAAACCGGCAUGGAUUCUUUGGUGGUAACACCGAUUUCUCAGGCUCAAGCUAAACAGAGAGCAGGAAGAGCAGGCAGGACUGGACCAGGAAAAUGCUACCGUUUGUAUACCGAACGUGCCUACAGAGAUGAGAUGUUGCCGACCCCUGUACCAGAAAUUCAAAGAACUAAUUUAGCUACCACCGUUUUACAACUGAAGACGAUGGGGAUUAACGAUUUGCUGCACUUCGAUUUCAUGGACGCACCUCCGGUUGAGUCGCUAAUUAUGGCUUUAGAACAACUGCAUUCGCUUUCCGCCUUGGACGAUGAAGGAUUACUGACGCGACUUGGUAGAAGAAUGGCCGAAUUUCCUCUGGAACCCAACCUCUCGAAGAUGUUGAUCAUGUCGGUGGCACUUCAGUGCUCUGAUGAGAUUCUGACAAUAGUCAGUAUGCUUUCUAUACAGAACGUGUUUUACAGACCUAAAGAUAAGCAGGCCGUAGCGGAUCAAAAGAAGGCGAAGUUUAAUCAGCCCGAGGGAGACCAUCUCACUUUGCUCGCGGUAUACAACAGUUGGAAGAACAACAAGUUCUCAAACGCGUGGUGUUACGAGAAUUUCGUGCAGAUCAGGACACUGAAAAGAGCACAGGAUGUUAGGAAACAGCUGCUGGGCAUCAUGGACAGACACAAAUUGGACGUGGUGUCUGCGGACAGAAACACCGUAAGGAUACAGAAGGCUGUGUGUUCCGGUUUCUUUAGGAACGCGGCCAAAAAGGAUCCUCAGGAAGGUUACAGGACUUUAGUAGACAGCCAAGUAGUUUACAUCCAUCCUUCCAGCGCAUUGUUCAAUAGACAACCUGAAUGGGUUAUUUAUCACGAGUUAGUGCAGACCACCAAGGAGUAUAUGCGCGAAGUAACAGCGAUAGAUCCCAAGUGGCUGGUAGAGUUCGCACCGGCCUUCUUCAAAUUCUCCGAUCCCACCAAGCUCAGCAAAUUCAAGAAGAACCAAAGGCUUGAACCUCUCUAUAACAAAUACGAGGAACCGAACGCUUGGAGGAUAUCGCGCGUUCGCCGUAGGAGAAAUUAAAGUAGAAAUUAAGUGUCUUGUUGGAUUAUUGACACAAACAAAAGACAUUACAGGUUACAAAAAAGAAAUAUAUCCAUAUAAAACAAACUUUUCAACUUGAAUCUGAACUGUGUUGUAGUUCAUUUAAAAUUUUGAUGAAAAGCAUUUCAUUAACAUUUAACUUUGUAUAUUCAGUUGCCUAAAUGAGAAUAUAUAAUUGAUCCGGACGAUUUACAAUUUAAAUAGGCUCCAAUUAAAUGUAAUUAUUCCGAGACCACUCAAAAAUAAAAUAUGCUUAUUAUUAGAAGCCAUAAAUUUAAAAUGCUUCUGUAUUUCCCAAACAUGUUGCUGAAUAAUGAAUAUUUAAUAUC